AUGGCAGUAGGGAAAUUGAGAGAGAGGGUAGAAUCCCUUAGGGUCUGCGUGUGCUUGCUGCUGAGGGAGAUGGUAGUUUAUGAUGAUGGCUGCGGGAUUUGGGAUUUCUCAAAGUCUGAGCGGCCCAGCCGCAGCACCCACUGGACCCCCAUCGGCCAUUUGUAUUGGAGUAAAAAACUGUAUUGGAAUGCCACCCACCACGACGACGACGAAGACUUCUAUGCCAGACAGUACACCGAUUGCGUCUAUUCCACCACACACAAACUCUUCUUUUGUUUUGUCAUGUGGAGAUUGGAGUGUUGGGAUCUUCAGGACCUCGAGUGCCCCAGGAUUUGUUGGUCAGAGACCUUACAUUAUAUGGUUGGGGUUGCUACUGAAGAAGAGACGAUGGCCCUCUCUUUUACCACUAGGGGAUAUCUGAAUGUGAAGAAACAACAUUUCCUUGUGGUGGCAGAGCAGAUGAAUCAGCUUUCCUCUUGGAUAUGCUUAUGGAUGGGCCUUGACGGUUCCUAUAGUCCGCAAAUCUACUUUGGUAAGUGUAAGGGUUGGGAUGACAAAUUCCCCCACCAAACCUAUUCUUUCGAUGUUUUUAAAGUUGACUAUAUUUCGGGGGGCGACGGCACUCAGCCCAAGCUUAUUAAGACUAGCGUGGAGGGUUCGCUGGAUGGGCUGGCAAUGUUUAUUGGCAAGAACCACUCGUUUGCCAUGUCCACACCAACCAACCAUGGCCUAGAAAAAGAUUGUAUUUACUGA